AAAGUUUCACAGACUUCUUCUGUGACAAAAUACUUCAUUCAAGGACAUGCCUUUUCCUCUGCUUUGCUCUGGUUUGUGCUUCUCCGCUGCUAAACUCCAGGCUACAUUACCUUUACCCCAGAGGAGACACCGAGGUGUUAAUUUGAGGCAAAGGGAGAGCUGAUUUGCUACCAACAUGAUUUGUGAGGAUACCGGGACUGAUCCAAAUCACCACAAAGGAGAUACUGCACCUGAUUCAAAUAGCGAGAUGAAAAAUGCUAAGAGAAAGCCACCUGUAAUAUGUUGCUCCAAGCUGAAGAUAUUUCUGGUGGCCUUAGCAUUUGCCUAUCUAACCAAAACCAUGUCUGGAGCUUAUGUGAACAGCAUGCUCACACAGAUUGAACGGCGGUUCAAUAUCCCUGCCUCAUUGGUUGGAGUUAUCAAUGGAAGCUUUGAAAUCGGUGACCUGCUGGUGAUGGCCUUUGUGAGUUAUUUGGGAUCCAAAGUUAACCGACCACGUGUGAUUGCUCUUGGCUGUAUGCUUAUGGGUUUAGGAUGCUUUCUGAUAGGUCUGCCUCAUUUUUUGAUGGGAAGGUAUGAAUAUGAAAACACUCUUUCUAUGUCUGAAAAUUCUUCAACCAUGGCUGUUUGCCUUACAAAUCAAAGCCAGUUUUCUCUUCCUACUGAGGAACACAUAGAAGAAUGUGAGAAGCAGACUAGAUCUUCAAUGUGGGUGUUUGUCUUGGUGGGAAAUAUUAUCCGAGGAAUCGGUGAAACUCCCAUUGCUCCUUUAGGCAUUUCGUAUGUGGAAGAUUUUGCAAAACCAGAAAAUUCACCUUUCUACAUUGGCUGCCUACAAAUAUCAACAGUAUUGGGCCCAUUGUUGGGCUUACUGGUUGGUUCCUAUUGUGCCCAGUUGUAUGUGGAUGUUGGAUUCAUAAAUCCAGAUGAUGUAACAUUAAGCCUCACAGAUGCUCGUUGGGUCGGGGCCUGGUGGCUAGGAGUCCUGAUCUGUGCUGCUGUGAACUUUCUUGUUGCUGUCCCCUUUUGGUUUAUGUCCAAGAGUCUACCAAAGGAAGGAGAGGAAAACAGCAUUGAUAUAGCAGGCAAGGGAAAUAAGGCAUUUCUACCUAAAGAAAAUGAAGGCGAGGCCAAAAUGACCUUACGUGAAAUCUCUAAAGAUUUCAUCCCUUACCUGAAAAGCCUCCUGAGCAACCGAGUUUACAUGCUUUUUGUAUGUGUUACUGUGAUACAAUUUAAUGCCUGGAUAGGGAUGAUCACCUUUAUGCCAAAAUAUCUGGAGCAGCAGUAUGGAAUAUCUGCCUCCGAUGCCAUUUUUUUAAUAGGUGUUUAUAAUUUGCCAAUUAUAUGUGCAGGGUAUUUUUUUGGAGGCCUAAUGAUGAAGAAAUUCAAGAUAAAUACUUAUAAAGCUGCACAUAUUGGUUUUUGGACAUCAUUGCUAGAGUAUCUACUAUACUUCAUUACGUUUUUCUUGAUCUGCAAAAAUGCUUCGGUUGCUGGUUUAACAAUCUCCUAUGAAGGGAUAGAUCAACUCUCAUAUGGGGAAACAAAUCUAUAUGCUGACUGUAACCGAGACUGUGGCUGUUCAACUAAGCAGUGGGAUCCCGUUUGUGGAGAGAAUGGAAUAGCAUAUGUUUCAGCCUGUCUUGCUGGAUGCAAAGUAUCAAAUGGAACUGGCAAAUAUGAGGUCCUUACAAACUGCUCCUGCAUUUCAACCCCAGGAUUUCAGUAUGGAAGCGGCUCAGCAGUGCCAGGCCAAUGUGACAGAGGGGAGAACUGCAGCACAAUGCUGCUCUACUAUUUAAUUUUAUCUUUGGUCUGCUGCUUGAUUUAUUCCUUUGGAGCUAUGCCAGGCUACAUGGUCUUAUUAAGGUCACUAAAGCCUGAGGAGAAGUCAUUUGGUGUAGGCCUCCAUUCCAUGGCAGAAAGAACUUUUGCUGGAAUCCCAUCACCUAUUUAUUUUGGAGCCAUGAUUGACAGUGCAUGUUUGAAAUGGGGAACAAAGAAGUGUGGUGGUGAAGGAGCUUGCCGGAUGUAUGAUACUGACAGAUACAGAUGGCUCUACCUGGGUGUUCCAGCAGUUCUCCGUGGAGUCUCAUACAUCCCUUGUAUAUUUAUACUCCUUAUUUUACGUAAACAACACCGGAACCAAACAAGUGAAAACAAAGAGAAAGAAGCAAGAGAGAACGGAGCAGCGGAACUGAAAGACAUGGCUGAAGUUCCAAACUGUAUACAUUUGCAGCCUGAGACAGUGGAGACAGUAGAUCAUGAAAGUGUGAACUUGUAAACAAACAAAUAAACAAACCCCAGAAACAGAAAGGUUAUACAGAAAGGGAGGAGGUGUAGGCAAUUAUAACUCAUGUGUAUGUGUGUGUCAGUGUUGGCAGUAUUUCCAGAAUGCAAGUGUUUUGCACAGCUGGCAGUGACAGAGAAAUAAUGGUGACCCUUCUCCAUUGUGAAUCUUGUAAGUAGAAUGUAAUUUUUUUAAAAAAUGUUGAAACCAUGGAAGAAAACUAUUUUCUGAUUUUGUGGCUGGAGGUGGGGUGGGGAUAUGAAAAUUUUAGGACAAAUUGGAAAAAAAGUAAAAAAUAGCAUCCUGUACAGAUUAAAAGUUACUUUGUCAGUUUCGAAAUAUCAGAUGUUUUGGUUUGGCAUACGAUUAUCAUGUUUGAUAAAUUAAAAAAUAAAGUUCAUUCAGAAAAUAA